GCACAACAACAUAUAUCGACUAAGAAGAAGAAGUUGCUGCCUUUUAGCUACUCAAAUGCUCCUGCGACAUGUAUGGAACUCCCCCCCCGCUGUAUCCACUUUGUUGUCUUACGGAACCCUUGGAACAGUACAAAAGUACAUACUUUGGUGUCAUUCUUUUGUCAAUGGACCAAUUAAAUAAAUGUCAUUUUUCCCUUCCUACUUUUUCUCGCAUAUCAUCCAUCAUGUCUCCAAUAUCCCCAUAUUGAUUCUACCUUUAGCAGCUCCAGUUCUAUGUAUAAUGUAGAUCAUCUAGCCUUCUUCUAAUCUGCAUUCUCCCGGUUUUCUUGUUGACCUGUUGGUCCCUAAAGCCAAUUAGAUCGCUCUAGUGAUAAUCUCUUUACUACCUCCUGUCGGCCUGUUACGUCGCAAACACACCACGGCUGGAUCGUAAACCGAGGCACAGUUUCUCUUAACAAUCUCAUAAUUCUAGGCUGCCAAAGUCGCAAUUGAGAGUAUGUCGCCGUCAAGACUACCUCCUCCUAUCGCGACUGGUCGACCCUAUCCUCACGACCAUGUUCCACCGACUCCGAGUGGCCUUCGCCAUAGUCGCACCGUCUCAUCCUCUUCAACAAGUGACAACUUAGAAGGGAUAAAUCAUGCAGGUCCUAGCUCGCGCCGCGAUCACUCUUAUGACGAUACCAACGAGUCCACUUCUCUCCUACACCACGAACGCGCACAUGAUGGUUCUUGCGACCACGGCACAUUCUCUCCUCGUGUAUCCAGCCCGCCACCAACAGUCGGUAAUAUUGAUGGCGAGACAGGGUCUGUGGCGGAUUCAGACGGUUCUGUACCGUCUAGUGAGACGCAGCUUAAGAACUGGAGAAAGACAUUUUCGAAUAGGGUAAAGAGCAAAAAGAUGACAAAUUCCAGCACAUUGGCACAACAACAUGGCGUUAAGGACUCGUGGGUGAUGUAUUUAUCAUACUAUGUGCCCUUCUUCAUAUGGAUCAAGCAGUAUAAGUGGUCGUGGCUGAAAGGCGAUUUGACAGCCGCUAUCACCAUCGCGUCUAUGUACCUCCCUAUGGCUCUUUCGUAUGCCGAUAACCUGGCACACGUUCCUCCGAUCAAUGGCCUAUAUGCCUUCGCUAUCAACCCCUUCGUAUACGCGCUACUAGGAAGUUGCCCGCUGAUGGUGGUCGGGCCGGAGGCAGCUGGUUCCCUACUUGUCGGAUCUAUUGUCAAGAAUAGUAUUGACCUUGGAGGGGGCGACGAAGACAAUGCCAUUCUACAAGCGAGAGUGGCUGGUGUGGCCGUCGGUAUAGCUGGUGCAACAGUCUUCUUAAUGGGUGUAUUUCGCUUAGGAUUUCUCGAUAGCGUCUUGAGCCGACCAUUCCUACGAGGCUUCAUUUCCGCCAUUGGCGUGGUUAUCUUUAUCGACCAAUUGAUUCCCGUCUUAGGACUUAACCACGCAGCUAAAGCAGCGCCGGGAAUUGCGCACGGAAGCACCAUGCAGAAGCUCAAGUUUGUAGUCACACACCUUGGCGAUAGGCACGAGCUUACUGCUAUUGUCGGUAUUGUAGGGUUUGUUGUCAUUAUGGUAUUGCGGGAGGCCAAGAGACGCUUGCAACCACGAUACCCAGGAGUAGCAUAUUUCCCUGAUAGACUUAUUGUAGUCGUAUCCUCUGCAGUCAUGGCUUGGCAUCUGGGCUGGGAACAAAAUGGUGUUCCAGUAUUGGGCAAGGUCGAAGCAGCGUCUGGUCACGUCUUCACUUUUCAUAACCCAUUCCAAUUAUCGCAUAUGUCCCACAUCCGAGAGGCUAUGGGCACGUCCUUCUUGAUUGGCAUGCUUGGUUUCUUCGAGUCUUCGGUUGCAGCCAAGAGUCUAGGAGGCGAAGAAAUCAUCGAAGGGAUGCAGUUGAGUCCUAAUCGAGAACUCGUGGCUCUCGGAGCAGCUAACCUCGUCGGUGCGUGCUUUAUGGCCAUCCCGGCAUUUGGAGGUUACGGUCGAAGCAAGGUCAAUAAGAGUACAGGCGGGAAGAGUCCCAUGAGCUCCAUUAUACUCAGCGUCCUUACUGUCAUAUGUAUCCUAUUCCUUUUACCGUGGUUCUAUUACCUUCCUAAACCCGUCCUAUCUGCUCUGAUCAUGGCGGUUGCCUGGUCUUUAAUCGAAGAAGCGCCGCAUGACAUAUAUUUUUUCUUUCGGAUCAAGGGUUGGACUGAGCUUGCCCUCAUGGCUGUCAUCUUAUUCGUCACGGUCCUCUUUUCUCUCAAUCUAGGCAUUGCGAUUGGCAUUGGCCUGUCCCUUUUGCAAGUCAUCCGUCAUGCAACACGCCCUCGUAUACAAAUUCUGGGUAGGAUCCCUAACAGUGAUCGCUUCGCUAAUGCCGAAGAGCACCCCCAGGAUCUCGAGUUUGUAGAGGGAUGUCUGAUUGUGAAGAUUCCCGAGCCCUUGACAUUUGCAAAUACAGGCGAGUUGAAGAAUAGGCUACGACGGCUCGAGCUGUACGGUACGGGAAAUGCACAUCCAGCGUUGCCGCGUCUUCGUCCACAGGCCAGCAACAAAAAUGUCAUCUUUGAUAUCCACGGGGUCACCUCAAUGGAUGGUUCUGGUACUCAGGUACUGGAGGAGAUAGUGCGCAAUUAUCGAAACCGGGGCGUUAGGGUGUUCUUCAGCCGACCUGUCAGCCGACAGAACGAAGUGUGGCAAUUAAUGGAACGAAGUGGCAUUGUCGACCUCGUUGGGAGACACCGCUUCGUCGACGACAUAGGAGAAGCCAUACGCAUGACUGAAGUAGAGGAUUUUGAGGAAAUAGGCGCUUGCGCGGCUGCGAACGAUGUUCCCUCUUAGAUGAAGAAGGGGCACAUUUCUUGAGGGAUGAAGCCGAACCAUUGCCUCGAUACGGAUUGUCGGUUACUAGCAUAUCAUCUAUGAGCAUUUGAGAAUAUCCCGGAUGCUGUUCCCAAUCAGCGACAUACGACCAUUUACUCUUGCAACGUAUACCCCUACCGAAUAGUAGGAAGUAGCCAAUCAUUCCGGGCUAUUUGCAGGCCGGCCCUGGAUUCGGAAACGGCCAGUUCAUGAUAAAUAUUGCAUGGCACUUUAAAGCACUCAACAGCAUUCUCAGGUGGCGUUUUGGAUAUUCAGAUUUGUAGAAAAGCACAGCGGGAGUCCUGCUUGAUUAUUUUAUGUUGACGUUAGCCACGAACCACAAGUCCCUAUGAGCUCCAUGCCGUGAGACGAUGAUAUGUGACGCUGGCUAUAGAUUUAGAUUAAACUUGCUCUACUCGAUAUCAUACUUCAUAGCCGACCAGAAACAUUGAUAGAGUAGUGGCUGGGGGUGUUGUAGCUAUGCUUAAUAGUAGGUAUUUAUCAUCAAAUAUUCUACAUUACUUUCAUUACCACAGAACUCUCGUAGCCACCUCGAUAUUAUAUGACGUUACAAAUCUG